UCUGAGGAUUGUAUCGAAGGAGCGCUCUGGGUAAAAAAAAAAAACAAGAAAAAAAUAAUUAUGCAACUCGCCAUAAGAUUCCACGAGACGGAAAUGGACGUAGGGGGCGUCCCGCGUCCACCCUCCGUCGCUCUCGCUCACAAUCCUCCUCGAUUCCCGCCGAUCUGCGCCGAUCCUCGGCACUAGGGAAAGCUCCUCCCGCACGUGCUGCCGCCUGCCGUUCGGCGGUCGCGUUAACGCGCUCCGCUCGAGUGUGUAUACAUUCGAGUACAUAUGUACUUGCUUGGCCGAGUGAGGGGGAAGUGAACGCGCGCCGCAACGAAGGAACGAAGAAAGAUGCGGGGCGCCAGGAGAAAAAAGAAAGCCCACCACCACUGAGGGCACUGAGUGACUGAGUAGCUCCAGAUCGAGCAUGCGGUCAGUCGAGAGGGUCGAGAGAGACGUUGCGUCGGUUCUCGCGUACAAUCGGCAGGUACACAUACCUGUGCGUCUAUCGAGAAAGAAAGAGCGGGAGAGGGAGAGAGCGAGUGUGAACGAGAACAAACGAGCCGCGCGGCGAGUUGGGCGCGUUACGUCGUCGAUGCGUGCGACCAGGUGAUUCAAGAAACACUCCCCCUCUCCUUAGUUUUCUCUCUUCUCUCUCCCUCCCACCCUCGUGCCACAUUCUUUCUCUCUCUCUCUCUCUCUCUCCGUCUCGCUCAUCCGCCCGCUUUCUCCCUCUCUCUCUCUCCCCUUCUUACUCGCACCUACUUCGACUCACACCCUCCCCGGUAUAUAACCUCAAACCGUCGGCGAGCUCGUGUCGCGCGUCGCUCGCCGUUAACGCCGUGUGUUUUUCGGCCGCGGCUGAACCGGGGGUUCCGGAUGUGCGUGGCGCGGUUCCUGCUGUCGCAGCGGGUGUUAGUGAGCUCCGGCGGUUUCUCACCACAUGCGACUCGCAGAAUCCGAUGUAUAUGAUGAAAGGGGCUUAUUAGUAUGCUGGAUAAGCGGCGGCUACAUGCCUCCGGUACUUCGCCAUGCACCCUCAUCUUUGUGGUCGUUUUGGCACUAACUGGAUGCUUCUCGUUUUGGAUUCACAUCGAUGGUUCAGGAUCGCCGAUCCCCUACUCCAGCGGCGGUGUGGCCGCGCCAGGAUAUAUCCUUAUAUUUCCCGGAAACGUCACGCCCUCCACGCAGCCCUACUCAAUAAACGAACUUCCGUCCGAUGAUAAAUCUACGCUGAUCAACAUCACGGACUUCAGGUUCCUUAUGAACCACAAUCCCUGCAACCGUACGCAGCCAUUGCUGUUAAUGUUGGUUCAUUCGGCGCCAGGGAAUUUCCCGAAGAGGCAUGUCGUGCGAGAGACCUGGGGUCAACAAGCGCCGGACGUGACUUUAUUGUUUCUCGUGGGAUACUCGGAGGAGUAUCAAUCCAGGCUCGAGGAGGAGAACAAGAAAUACCAAGACUUAAUACAGGGAAACUUUCUUGAUGCCUACAGAAACAUGACCUACAAGCACGUUAUGGGAUUAAAGUGGGCUACUUAUUAUUGUCCAAGUGCCAAAUAUAUUCUUAAAUUAGACGAUGACGUUUUUGUUCAUUUACCGGCCAUGCUGGACUUUCUUACGCAUGGCCUUUCGCCGUGGGGUGCAAGACGUCUGAUUCUCUGUGAUCUUCUGUCGGCUUCCGCAGUGAAGAGAUCUUGGCGCUCGAAAUGGCGCGUCUCUCCUCAGGAGUAUCCCGGUAGACUUUAUCCCACGUACUGUGCCGGAUGGGCGAUCUUAUACUCCCCCGAUAGUGUAUUUAUACUGUACCGCGAGGCCCAGAAGCAGCCGUACUUCUGGAUCGACGACGUGCACAUUACCGGGACACUGGCUAGGAAAGUAAAUUUAACACAAACCUCAUUACACUCUUGGGUGCUUACGACCGAGAGCAUGCGGGACCUGCUGUCGAACCCGAGCGCUCGACGGGAUUUUCUGUUCGGGCCUCCGGAUCUAACGGAGAGCGGAAUACGAGCCUUACAUAGUCUGGUUACUAAACCACGGCCUAGCAGUGAAAGCCUAUUGAAUUAAAAGUUUAAUAGAACAAUUUCAUUAUACUUGGUCGCCGUAAUGCGAGGACCGAAGAAAGGAAGAGAGGUACGAAUAGCGAGUGUUCUUAUACUUUCUGCGUAUCUUAAUUCUACAUGCAUCGCGGUAUGCCCUGUACAACAGUUCAACCUAAGUGUUCGAUUAUUUGCACAAUGUACAAACGCCAUGUUAUGUGUGACACGUACGUAAUAGUGCGUUACAUAUAUAUGCAUAUGUGUGUGUAUAUAGAUAUAGAUAUAUAUUAUAUGUACACAUACAGAUGCGGCAAACACAUAUGCAUGUGUAACAAAAUAUUACGCGAAACUAGCAAUUGUCUAACUUAAACAAGGAAUGAAACGGGUAUAAUUUCGGUGAUUUCAAUUUCCCGUAGAUAUCAAGAGACACAGUCGUGUCUCGCGCCAAGUCACGGCCAGCAAACAGCGAGGCGGAAACGUGUAUACUUAUAUGCAAUUCGCCUAGUUCAGAGUACUUUAAAUUAUCUUAGAGUAAUGCCUGGACCGACCGAGUUCCUAAUAUUUGGAAAAGAUCCUUACGCCGACCGUUGCAUUUACAUUGUCGCGAUAAUACAUAGGGAUCAAUAUCACGCGUUUGUGGCAUCCGAACUCGGCGGAAUAAUACCGGUUUCAAUUCCUGUAUUCAAUUAUUAUUUAUAUUCGGAAAAUACUCAGAUAUAUAGUGUAGGUUUAUCCGCGUUAUAUUUACUUACUAAAUUGAAAAGGCUCAUUUCUCUACUCGAGACUGUCAAUCUGUAAUCAGGGCUUGUAAUCAAAUGUUGUUUUAAAUAAAACUAAUUCCGAGGACGUUCACAAUUUUACAUUCUAGGUUUUUUAAAUUUUUAAAUUAUAAUUGUAUGUAUUUUUAUAAUUAUGACAUGAAGUAACCAAUUGUUUACACCACAAUUGUAGUACUUGUAAUUAUAUUGCAAUACCUAAGUUUUUGAUGUAUAGAUUGUAUUAUUUUAUCAGUCAUUUGACUGCUGUGUAGUACGCACGCACACACACACGCACACGUAUUUAUAAAUUUCUGCGUUAAAUGUGGAAAGCGAGAACAAAUAUUUUAUUAUUGCAAAUCAAUUUGUAGACAUCUAUUUGUAAGAUUUUUCGCGAUAUUUUACUUGUAUAUAUCUUCGAUUAUAUGUGACGAAUGAUUAUUACUCGGUUUAGUAAAUUGCUUACGAGCCCUGAUUAUCAAGUGAAUUGAAUUAAGUUAAACUUGAUAUUUUGUGCAACCUUCGAAAUAUUAAUUUGUUACUCUAAAAGGACAAAACAUCAGCUAUUUUUUUAUUUACACUUAUAAAAAUGCCAACAUGUAUACAGGUGACCCUCGAAUAACACGGUACUUGAAUUGCACGGCGUCUCGAAUCUUCUUAGUCGUAUUGCUCGAUUCCGAACGUCGUGACUCCUCUGCAUAUAUCUGUGCGUCAGAUCUACAAUUUAAGCCGAUUUCGCUAUCUAUAGACGGGUUCUCGUGGCAAGACUCCCGGUGGGUUGCCAUUACUUUUCGAGUCUCGAAUAGCACGGUAAAAAAUUGUGUCAGUCCUACUUUUCAAAUUUUUUAGUUAUUUUUUUUAUAAUUCCUUGAAACUAAAUGCUCAAUUUUAUAUGGAUCUGCACACAGUCUUGAUUUACACGGUUUUCAAUAACAUGGAACGUGAUCUUGUAUGAACCUUAAAUCUCGAAUAACAUCAAUAAUACCAAUAACACCAAUUAUUCGAAGAUUACCUGUAUAUAAAUAUGGGAAGGAUAGUAUUAGUAUUGAAGAGGGCGGCGAAAGUUCAACGCGAAACUUGCGUGUCUCGCGUUCGGAAACAUGCUCCUCUCGCAGUGAUAGAAAUUUGCGAGAGAUUGAGCGUGUUACUUUAUUGUAAAUUUAUUAAUUGGCGACAAGCAACGGAACUUCAUUGUGGAGCCACACUUGUGAAUGUACUUAAAUGUAAUGUAAUAACAAGGAAAUUUUAAGAUAUUACAUUGUUACGCAAGAACAUUAACGAGUCGGAUUAAUAUUGUUACGUAGCAACAAGUACAACCCCAAAACAAAGGGUCCACUCGCAAUUAGAUACAGAGAUCGCAGAUAUUUGUCCGUUUUUGAACGUCUAUAAAUUUUUUAUGUGAAAAUCCGUUGGUCAUCACGAUUGUAUCCGGUACUAUGAAAGUACGUGCCUGCAAAACUGUAACGUGUCAAGCGUGAAAAACGUGCUAGCUUUUAGUUACCGUGAUUUUUUUAGGGUCGAUAGUGAUUCGCAUUGUACUGUCUUCUUGUUUUUUUUUUUUUUUAAUCUAAAAUACAACGAAUGUGUAUACGGAAUAAAACACACAGGAUUCCACCCGUCAGCACCGUACUCAGAGCCGAAUCUCCUGUUGUGAUAUAACAGAGACGGGAGAAAUUCGGGCUCUAUCGUCACUUCAAGUAUUAAUUCGCAAAUUCUGGAACUGGGCAAUAUAUUCAUAUUAUAUUAUAGCAUAAAGAAAUUGGUGAUUAUUAAUUACUAAAGGAUCUCACGCAUUAUUCCUCUAUGUAUGUUCUCGAACGUUUUUACUCGUUACUGAGUUCUUCUUUAUACAUACCAUUGCAUGUUAUCACGUAUCAUUUUCGGAAAGAGGGAGAUAUCCCUAUUGCGAUAAUAUCAAGUAUCGCAUAGCAUAAUAUAAUUCUUGUGAUGGAAUAAAUAUACUUAUAAUUUAAAUAAAUAAUGGAAUUAUUUAAAUUACACGGUGUAUUUUUCAUGUUCAUUCGUAUUGGCUUUGCGUAACUUUUAUUCGUUUAGCGAACAAAGAUAUAUUUAAUAAUCGUAAACAACAUUAAAUAUAUAACUUAACGUGAAGAAGCGUACGCAGAGAUGAGCUCAAUGUCAAAAGUAAUGAAUGAAAUAUAUCACUAAUAGUCUAAAUGCAAAAUUAGAAAUUAAAUAUACAAUUAUUACGUGUAUAUAAAAAGAGUUGCGU